AUGAGUUUCAACGGGACGCUGGGUGACAGAGUCAAGCGGAUGGCUGUGUGGCCGGUUGACCGACGAGGUCGAGAGAACAGGCAGGAUGUGCACCAUACAGCGUCUCCAGCCAAGUUGCGAUGCGAGGCAAAGCGUAUUGGGGCGGACAAUCGUGAGUCCUCGACGCAGCAGCCGCUCUGGCCAGCGGCACUGCCAGACACGUCCGGCCAGCAGAAGCAGCAGGCAUCCCAGCAUCCUCAGAAUUCAGCCUGGAGCACUGGUCAGCUGCCAUCCGUCUUCGAGGACGGUGACACGGUCAACUCGACUCCUACAUCGACCACCUUUUCCAGUGAGGUGCCCGAUCCCGCAUCCAGCUGUACUUCUCCGCUGCUCGACGACCAGGGCUUCUCCCUUCAGCACCAUCGUCGGCGCUUCACGAAUCCUGACGCUGGCCGUACUGUCAAGCCCUCGCCUCCACGGCUGAGUUUCGGAGCUCCAGUCGCUCCCCACCUCGGCCAAUCCAACUUUCGGCAUUACUCCCCGUAUCCUGGGUUUGCCGCUCCGAAUCACCAGGCAGCAGGAUCGCGUCCUCGCUCGCCGGCCCCGCUCAACUUGCUAUCCAACAUGGACACCGCUUCAUCACAGCAACAGCAGCUGGCCCAUCCUUCCGGGCUUGAUAUGCCUAUGAGCGUCUCCACAGACAUGCAGGAGCAGCAAUUCCACCACCAGCAGCAGCAGCAGCAGCAGCAGCAUCAACAGCAACAACAACAACAUCAGCAGCAGCACCAACAACAGCAGCAGCACCAACAGCAACAGCAACUAUCACAAUCGGUCGCAGCAUCUCCUGUCACGACCAGACCGGCAAGCUCACAAGCGGGGAUUCUAGACGUCACGCUGAAUCACCAACAAGCGCAUGCGCCAUCAGCGCCUUUGCAGCUUCAGACGCAGAACCUCUCUCAGCCUUCCUACGCUUCCCUAGCUUCGCCAAUGCAGCAACAAGCCAACAUACAGCAGGCUCAAUUGCCUCCGCAGACCGCCCAGAGCAUGCAGCUUGAACCGCAACAACCACAUCAUCAGCAGCAGACCGAGCAGCAGCCCCAGCAGCAGCAGACUCUGUCCGCUCCACCGCAAGCCCAAAUGCUGCCGGUGCAACUUUCGCAGCAAGCUCAACCGGUCCAUUCUCAGGCCAUGGUCCAACCAUCGACGGCGGCACCGCACACACCCAUGGCGGACGAAGCCGCGAAGAAUGGCAUGUACGCUGCUAUGGCUCAAAGACCACCCAUGUCAGCGCAUCAACGGUCCAUCUCAUUAGGAUUGCACUUGCAUCAAUUGGCGUCGCAGUCUGUGCCGCAGCACUCGGUUCCCGCCUCCGCCGAAAGCAUUCAAGCCUUUGGGUGGCCACCUGCAUCCUCGCAGAAUGAGAUGCUCAUGUCGUCCACGCCUUCCCAGUCCGAGGACAGAUCGAUAGCUAGUCACCACCGAGCGGCUUCGCACAGCAUGGCACACAAUCCGGGUCUGGGUCUGCAGCAAUUUGCUGCGAGCUUGCAAUCUGUUCCGUCCACGCCUAUUGAUGCGACACAUGCCCAGGUACAGGCGCAACAGGCACAAGCCCAGGCACACGCUCAGGCGCACGCUCAUGCCCAGGCCCAGGCACAGGCACAGGCACAAUUGCAAGCACACGCACAGAUGCAGGCUCAGGUGCAAGCACAAGCACAAGCCCAGGUUCAAGCCCAACUUCAGGCGCAAGCCCAACUCCAAGCGCAGGCACAGCAAGCUCAAGCAGAGGCGCAAGCUGCAGCCAUCCGAGUUGCCGCUGCUUCGACGCAGCGACCUGCUUCUGAACAUUCGGAGCUGAUGGACCAGAUCGCCAAGCUGCUGGACGAUGUCGUCCUUCAAGCAAAGACGGCUCGAGAUUCCUUCCGCAGCGGCGACGGCUCUCUCAGCAAUCGCUGUCUCGGCGAUCUGCAAAAGGAUUUGCAGCACAUCCAGCAUCUCUCCCACAAGAACUUUGCACCCGCUGUUCAGGCGCCGCCCGUGCCUACUUUGCCUCCCACGCCGCAGUCUUCGCAGCCUUUCGCGAGCGCCUCGUUCCCGGCACCAGUCAUGCAGGCGUCCCAGCCGCAAGGCCUUGCUCCCUCCUUGAUGCUCGAGCAGAGGACACCGUCUCAGCAGCAGCAGCAGCAGCAGCAGCAACAAUCACAUCGCGAGAUCCAGCCUCUGCCGAAUCUGACCCUCAGUCAAAUGAAAGGUCCAGAUGGCGAUUCGACCCACAGCGGUCAAGUGAGUCCGACGGCGCGCAAGAGGCCGGUCCAAUCCGACAGUGAUCUCGCCGAACAGCCUUUCAAGUCGCUGCGAUCAGAGACGGCAACGCCGGUCAACCCUCCUGCGCCUGCUCCAUCAGCGCCGCCCACAAUGGCCGGCUCCGCUGCAAUUUUGACGCAGUUGCAAACCUCGAUGCCUGCACAGAGCAUGCCUCCGGCGCAUGCCAUGUUGCCGCAAGCUCCAGCCGCUCUGUCCAGCGGAAUGCAAUCGCUGAACCCAUCCCCAUCUACGCCGCAGACGCCCUUCGAAUUUCCUCCCGGUCAAAACUUUGCUGGCCUUGCUAACGGCUUUGCCAUGAGCCAGUCGAUGCCCUCUAGUCCAGCCAUCCAACAGCCCGGUCACAUGCGUGGCAACUCGCUGCACGAUGCCAUGACCAUGACCCCCCAGGCUGGUCAGAAGAUGCAGAGCGCCGUAGAGGCUCCGAACAGCGCUGAUCGCGGUCAGCCCAAGAUCGCAAGGAGCGCCUUGCAGAUGUCGGCCAUCUCUAGCGCGAACACUUCGGCGAAUUUUUCCGCCAUCGACUCUGCACCCUCUUCACCGGAAGAGUCUUUCAGCAACGAAGACAGCGGCGACGAGGCCGACCAGCCUGUCGACGAAAGCCAACGUCACCUCACCAGGCACCGUCGGCACCGCGGCAGCGGCUUUUUCUCGAGCGGCGCUUCCUUUGACUUUGGUGCUCCCGACGGCGGUGCUGAAGAAGCGGCUGGUGGAGACGCGUCGAUGUCUGGAGCGGAUAAGAAUGGACCCAGCGCCGUUCUCUCCGCCGAGCUGCGGAACAAGCUCGAGAGUAUCUUCUACAGCUUCCUCACGGCUGUCUGCUCCGAUCUCGAGAUCACUGACGAUCGAGGCGAGCUGCUGCACCAGACUCUCAUGCCCAAGAAGAUGGCGAGGUUGGACGAGUCGCCCGACUUUCGUCCGUUCAAAUUCCGUAUCCAGGCCUUCACAAACGCGUUUCAGGCUGAAGUGUACCGCAAUGGCAUCACGGAAGCCGAGUGCUCGAUUAAAAAGAUCAAGCAAUUCUUGUGGACGCAGCCUUACAUCUCACGGUUCAACGAGGACGGCAAGAAGGCCAAAUCAAAGGGCAAUCACAUCUGGAUCGUCGAGGCCAAGAAGAUCCCGGAAGGCGGUUGGGAAUUCCGCGAGUUCAGCCGCAAGAUCGCCGGCGCACCGGAGAAGAUCGCCUACGUUGGCCUCAAGUGGACAUGGCCGCUCAAAGUGUGGGAUCCCCAGGCGUCUUCGACCAGCAUCAAGGCCGUCUUCUCGUGCAAUAAGGUGCCUUCGUGGAUUCAAUGGGAGGAGAACAAUCGAAUCCUCUCAGGCACCCCUACGGCUGGUAGCGAGAGCGGCGAGGUGAGCGUCACCGCGCACUACGUGCACGGCGGUCAACUGCACCAGCUUCAGCACUCCUUCUACCUGCAGGUGGCUUCGAUUGCCGCAGACGAGCUGCAGGUCAACGACGCUGGACCUCCAGCUGGGACCACAGCGCUUCCCACCCAGCCCGUCGCCGCAAACGGCGCAUCUGAGCCGUUGCCGCCUAUGGCCGAUGCCGUCACCGACAUGAUUCGACAUGGGACACAGCCGGAUCUUCCGGCGCCCGGCCAUGCUUUCAUCAACGGACAGCCGCCCGCCAAUUUCCCAAGCGAGUCGAUCAACCAUCAGAUUGUCGAGCCGUCCAAGGUUCCUGCGGUGCUCAACGCCAUUUCUUUCCCCUUCACACCGCCGGUCCAUUCGGAUGCGCGACCGCAGUACUUCCAGACGUUCAACAACGAAGCAGCAAUGUUGACGCCGCAGCUGUCGGAUGUGCCCGGUGCAGGCGGCGAUGGUGGCCGAGCUGGUUCGCAAUUGUCGUCUGCAAUGGUGUCCCCGAUGCCUGCGCAUCUCAACCACAGUCCGUUCCAGAGCGCACCUGCUCAGCAGCUGUUGGGACACCAGCAGCACAUGCAGGCACCGGCGUCUUCGCAGGCAUUGCAACAGCAGAUGCAGGUCGGCGUUGUGCUUCCGCCGCAGUCGGCGCCCAUGGUUGCAUCGCAGCCCGAGGGCGGACAGCCGAUCAACGGAGGCAAGGCAUCGAGCGAAGAAGUCCAGGUGCAUCAGGUGCGAAGCAUGAUCGAGAGGAAGCAGCAGGCGCAAGCGGCCAACUUUAUGCUCUCGAUUCCUUCGCGAAAAGCUGCCAUCGCCGCCGAAGCCGCUCGCCCCGCGUCCGGUCAGACGACACCCAUGUCGUCGAUGCCGAACGACAUGGCUGCUCAUCUGCCAGCUCUGAGUUCGCUUCCACCCAACGAAUCGCUUGCGAGCGGUCUGGCGCCCAACGUCAUCAAUGGCGACGUCACGCUCUCGCCGGCAAUCAACGUCAACUUUGACGCGUUGGGAGAGGCUGGUAUGCAGCUCGGUCUGCAGAACAACCUCACCAAUCAGUCGCAGCAGGGCCAAUGA